AUGGGAAAGUCUUCCAAGGAUAAGCGCGAUGCAUAUUAUAGGCUCGCUAAAGAACAAGGAUGGCGCGCAAGGAGCGCAUUCAAGCUCUUGCAGCUUGACGAAGAAUUUGACCUCUUCUCUAAUGUCACCAGAGUUGUGGACUUAUGCGCUGCGCCCGGAAGUUGGUCGCAAGUUUUAUCUAGGGUCUUAAUUAAGGGAGAAAAAUUCGGCAGAGCAGCUUGGCAAGACCGUGAUGCUAGAUUCCGCCAGCAGAUGCUAGGACUCUUCGGGUCCCAGCAUACCGCAAGCAAGUCAGGACACUCGGAACCGCAACCUUCCAUAACGUCAAGUCCUCGUCAAGAUGUCAAGAUUGUCUCAAUCGAUUUGCAGCCUAUCAGUCCACUGCCGGGUAUUGUCACCCUACGAGCUGAUAUUACUCACCCGGCUACUGUUCCCUUGCUUCUGAAAGCAUUAGAUCCGGAAUACGAUUCCAAAACUAACACCCAGCAGGCCGCCCACCCUGUUGACCUGGUAUUGAGUGAUGGUGCACCUGACGUAACUGGGUUGCAUGAUCUAGAUAUUUAUGUGCAAUCGCAGCUUCUCUUUGCAGCUUUGAACCUAGCGCUGUGUGUCUUGAAGCCUGGCGGGAAGUUCGUGGCAAAGAUCUUUAGAGGCAAGAACGUGGAUGUGCUUUAUGCCCAGCUCAAAAUAUUUUUCGAAAAGGUUCACGUUGCGAAGCCGAGAUCUUCUCGGGCUAGCAGCGUAGAAGCAUUUAUUGUGUGCUUGAACUUUCAACCUCCUAAAGGUUUCUCAGCAAGUCUUGAGGAACCUCUCGGCGUUGGUUUCCGCCUAUCAAGAAUGACGGAACAAAGCUGUGCGGCGCUGCCUAUUACUGCAAACACCAUCCUACAAAAUCCAGAAACCGGGGCAUGGAAUAAUACACCCGCACUCGUUGCGAUACCCGAUAAUGAUGGCAUCACCGAAAUACAAUUAGAAGAUCACCGGCCUGGGCAUGGAGAUGUAAGAUGGAUUGCACCUUUCAUUGCUUGCGGUGACCUAUCUGCGUUCGACUCCGAUGCUUCAUACCGCCUUCCGCCGGAUCAUGUCUCCCUUGACCCGGUUCAACCACCAACAGCACCACCAUACAAACGUGCUUUAGAAAUGAGAAAGGCGUUCGGAGGCGCCUACGGGAAAACAAGCAAGGACUAA